AUGUUGUUAUGAUCACACCACGUCUCGUUAACCAUACGUCAUACCCCCCCCCCGCCCCUCUUCUUACCGGAAAGAUGCUUGUUUCUAUCGGUGCAUUGCAUGAAGAAACCAGCUAGGUGCACCGACUCCGUUAGCGUCUCUCGAGUGAGCCAUGUUUCCGUGAAGCAAAGAACAUUAGUCUCUGAUGUCCCUCUGGAAUGCUACCCUUGCUUGGAUUUCAUCAACCUUGUUGUCAAGAGACUGGACAUUGGCGAGUAGUAUGCUAGGGUGUGGUGUGCGAUGUGCCCGUCUCCGGAGCCUGACCAGAAUACCGCCUCGUUUGCCUCUCUUACGACGUCGUUGUUUUGGGUCGCCGGCUGGCAUCCAAUCCGUUGUCCUGGGUGGAAGGCAGAACACAGGAUACGCUUCGGGAAAGUCAUAUUCCUGGUUGUAAUGAUGGUAGCGCAGGUGCGGCCGCUCCAUGGCAGUGGGUGUGGCCAGCAGCAGGAGGUGGUUGGCAUGGAGUUGAGACCGGAGACAUUCUCCAUCUUCAGAACACAGGAGAAGUACCCAGUGAAGACUUUUAACGAGGGCUGUGUGAUGGUGAAGCAGCCUGCUCUGGAGCUGAUAUCUCACCUGAAGAGAGCUGACUACAGCAAGCCCACCCUGCGCUACCUACUCUAUGGUGUGAAGGGCAGUGGGAAGACCAUGUCUCUCUGUCAUACUGUCCACUACUGCUCCACACAGGGAUGGCUGGUACUACACAUACCAGAUGCCCACCUGUGGGUGAAGAACUGUAAGGAGCUGUUGCCCUCCUCCUACCACGCCUCCCGCUUUGACCAGCCAAUACAGGCCUCCAACUGGCUACGCAACUUCAGAACCACCAAUGAACACUUCCUCUCCAAGAUCAAGUUGAGGCAGCGGUACGUGUGGACUAAGAGAGAGAGCACUGAGGAGGGACGGCCACUAGGGGUGCUGGUGGACAUGGGAGUGUCUUGUGUGAAGAGCAGCAGUGAUGUGGUGGGGGCAGUUCUAAAGGAGCUGAGGCUACAGGCUGGGGGGACAGAAGGGGGCUUCAGGCUGGCUGUGGCUGUUGGAGUCAACAGCCUCUGGGGAAGGACCACACUCAAGAAGGAAGACAAGAGCCCUGUGGCUCCAGAGGAGUUGACAUUGGUUCAUAACUUGAGGAAGAUGAUCAACAAUGACUGGGGGUGGUCAUCGCCACGCUGUCUGAGACAGGAUCUCUCUACGCUCCAAGCUCUGCCUACCUGCCCCAGGAGCUGCUGGGAGAGGAGGGCUUUGACAGCAUGGACCCUUUUGUUCCAGUACCAGUCUCUCUCUACAGUGAGAAGGAGUUUGAGAGCUGGUACCUCUACUACCUGGACCGCCACUGGCUACAACACCCACACAGUCAGACAGAGGAAGGGAAGAAAGAACUCAUCUUCCUCAGCAACAGAAACCCUUCUGUACUGGAGAGACUGUGCCUUCCUGUAACAUCACACAUGGGCCCACACACCCAUAGAGAUAGGACUCAUCUUUAUAUCUGUGACAGCAUGGGCAGCGCCAUUGAGGCUACAACCCAUAGGAAUCCCCACUCAGUUGACUACUUUGACCACUUUAAAAUGGCGGAAGCCCUCUGGUGCUGCCCAUGCGACAUCAAGGCCACGAGCAUUCUCUAUGGGACAAAUGCCAAUACAGACUCAUACAUGGAUUAUAACGUUGCAGUUGUGUAUGUGUCCCUCCAUAAAUUAUUCUGUUGUGAUGCAUGAUAGUGUCUUUCAUAAUAAAAAUAUACAUGAAAAACA